AUAUUGAUGAUUGUGCUGAACCAAACAACUGCACUCAAGUGUGUACCAACACUGAGGGAUCAUUCACCUGUGGAUGUUGUGAAUGUGAGGCAGGAUAUGUGCUGGACACUGACAGAACAUCAUGUUCUGCUCUCUGUGAAAACAUCACCCUCACCAAUGGAUGGGUGACCUAUGAUCCAACCUCUUAUCCAAGACUGGAAAGAACUACAGCCACUCACAACUGUAAUGGGAAUAGUGUUCUCUCUGGUGGAUCUCAGAGAAUAUGUCAGUCGAACAGAACGUGGAGUGGAGACAUUAUUACUUGCAAGGCCAUCAUCUGUCCACCUCUUGCUGACUCUCCUUAUGGCCCAAUAUCUUACUCUCCAAACACUUCCCCAUACUUAUUUGGAACACAAGCAACGUACACUGUUCCAUGCCCUCCUGGACAGGAGAGGAGUGGAGGAGAUGAUGUGAGGAUUUGUAUGGGUGAUGGACGUAGUACUGUGGGGGUGUGGACUGGGACUAUUCCCAUCUGUGCAGGUGAUAUUGAUGAGUGUGCUGGACCAAACAACUGCACUCAAGUGUGUAUCAACACUGAGGGAUCGUUCAUCUGUGGAUGUGAGGCAGGAUAUGUGCUGUACAGUGACGGAGCAUCAUGUUCUGCAAUCACCUGCUCUGCUCUUCCUCUUAUUGAGAAUGGGGUGAUUGUCUACUCUAGUAACACAACUGAGCCUUAUGACUAUGGGACAACAUCUGUGUAUGAGUGUAACACUGGGUAUGAAGUAACCAGUGGAGACAGUGAGAGGACAUGUACUGAAUCUACUUUAACUUUGGAAGGAAUUUGGAAUGGAACCAUACCUACCUGUUCAGCUAUUUCUUGUGGCUCUCCUCCCAUCAUGAUGAAUGCAAAUAUUGGAGGGCCCACUCCUGACACAACCUACCAAGGCAAAGUGACCUAUAUCUGUGUCAGUGGGUAUUGGAUCUCCAAUGGAGACACCACAGCAACGGCUACCUGUAUGGCUAAUAAGACCUGGGGACCUCUACCAACUUGUUCACUUGUGGAUUGUGGUUAUCCUCUCACUGUAUCUAUUCUCAAUGGCUCACCUGGAGCACCAUCCAGAACAACCUACCAAGGGACAGUAAUCUACACCUGUGUCAGUGGGUAUGAAGUCUCCACUAGAGUCACCACAGCAAUGGCUACCUGUACGGCUAGUGGGACGUGGGGACCUCUACCAAUUUGUCAACCUGUGGAUUGUGGCUCCCCUACCACCAUUAGAAAUGGCUCUCCUGGCAUAUCCACUCCUGGCACAACUCUCGGAGGAAAGGUGACCUACACCUGUGUCAGUGGGUAUGAGGUCUCCACUGGAGUCACCACAGCAAUGGCUACCUGUAUGGCUAAUAGGAUGUGGGAGACUCUACCAACUUGUUCACCUGUCUCAUGUGGUGACCCUCCCUCUGGCAACAAUGCAUCUCCUGGAAUACCAACCAACACAUUGUACCAAGGAGCAGUGACCUACACUUGUGUCACUGGAUAUUGGAUCUCUCAAGGAUCCUUCUCAGGAUUUGCUAGCUGUAUGGCUGACAGGACCUGGGGGCCUCUACCAACUUGUUCACUUGUGGAUUGUGGCUCCCCAUCCACCAUUGGCAAUGCAUCUCCUGGAAAACCCACCAACACAACCUACCUAAGGACAGUGACCUACACCUGUGACAGUGGGUAUGAGGUCUCCACUGGAGUCACCACAGCAACGGCUACCUGUAUGUCUAGUGGGAUGUGGGAGACUGUACCAACUUGUCAAUGUGUCACUUGUGGUGACCCUCCCUCUGGAACCAAUGCAUCUCCUGAAACACCCAACCCUGACACAUUGUACCAAGGAGCAGUGACCUACACCUGCUACCAUGGGUAUGAGGUCUCCAAUGGAGUCACCACAGCAACGACUACCUGUAUGGCUAACAAGACCUGGGGACCUCUACCAACUUGUCAGCUUGUGGAUUGUGGCUCCCCUACCACCAUUGUCAAUGCAUCUCCUGGAACACCCAACAGAACAACCUACCAAGGGAUAGUGACCUACACCUGUGUCAGUGGAUAUGAGGUCUCCGAUGAAGUCACCACAGCAACGGCUACUUGUAUGGCUAGUGGGAUGUGGGAGCCUCUACCAACUUGUCAACGUGUCACUUGUAGUGAUCCUCCAUCUGGCAACAAUGCAUCUCCUGGAACAACCAAUCCUAACACAUUGUACCAAGAGACAGUGACUUACACCUGUGAAACCGGAUACUGGAUCUCUCCAGGAGUCACCACAGCAAUGGCUACCUGUAUGACUAAUGGAAUCUGGGAGCCUCUACCAACUUGUACAAUUGUGGACUGUGGUGCACCUCCCACCAUUCUUAAUGGAACUCCUGGAUCACUAACCAGAACAACAUUUGGAGAGACAGUGUCUUACACAUGUAUCGAUAAAUAUCACAUAUCAGGAUCAGCCACUGUGACUUGUGAGGCUAGUGGGAGUUGGAGCACAAGACCAACUUGCUCAGCCAUAUGCAAAGACCUCAACCAAAUUGUGAAUGGUGACAUCAUUUUCAAUCCUGACACCACACCGAGAGCAGAAGGGACCACUGCUGUGUACUCGUGUGUGUCUGGUUACCAGCUGUCUGGUGUAAACACUACGACCUGCGUGGACGGUACAAGUGGAAUGGGUGGAGAAUGGACUGAAUCAAUCCCAAGUUGUAGAGCAGUCUGUGAUAGUCUCACCCUCACCGAUGGAGUGAUCAGCUAUAGUCCAUCUACUACCCCCAGACUGGAGGGAGGUGUGGCUAUACACAGCUGUGAUGAGGGGUACGGACUGUCUCCUAGCGUGAGAACAAGAACUUGUCAGCCUGACAAGACAUGGAGUGGAGAAGACGUCAUUUGCCAAACUAUCACGUGUCCACCUCUUACUCAUCCCCAUGGCUCGGUACUCCACUUUUCUCCUGGACCACUUUACCCCUUUGGAACACAAGCACGAUACUUGAUGAUAUCUUGUCCUGGUGGUAUGGAGGAAAGAGGAGUAAAUGAUUUAAGGACUUGUACUGGUGAUGGUCAUAGCACUAUGGGGGUGUGGAAUGGAACUGCUCCCGUUUGUGCAGGUCAACCACUCUUUCUGUCACUUCAAGGGGUAUCGUACUCUACCAACAAAAGUAACAUUCUAGUGACCAGAAUUGGAACCACAAAUGACUCUGCCUUGAUCUGUCACACCAACUCAACCACCUGUUGCAGGGAUAGGGAUAAUCCACAAGGAGGUUCAGGAGAGUGGCUGUUUCCUAAUGGAACAAUGAUCACCGAGAACAGUGUCACUGGUAGUAGGUUUUAUUGGAUUAGAUACCAUCAAGUUGUCAAACUCUAUCGUGAAGGUGAUUUGCAGUUUCCACUAGGAACCUACUGCUGUAGAAUACCUGAUGGCCAUGGUGAUGUAGUGACUGUUUGUGCUAAUCUUACAGCUAACACCAUUCGAUGUCCCUCUGACUCGGUGAUGGCUCCCACUAAUGGGACGGUCUCAUACUCUAGUCCAGUGGAAAAUGACAGUUACGUGUACGGAACUGUGGCCACCUUUUCCUGUUCCCCUGGUUUUAGUCUUGAUAGUCCCUCAACUAGAACAUGUGAGACUGAACAGGGAACAUUUAGUGGCACAACCCCAUCUUGUAUAGAACCAACUGCCAGUGGCAGUGUCAUGGUUGUAGGAAUAGUUGCGACGAUUGUCAUUUUGGUGGUUGCUCUACUGAUCAUUGGAACAGUUAUGGUCAUUUUUGUCAGGGUUCGAAGAUCUGGUAAGCACACUUUCUCAGGCCUUAAAUCUGGUGGAGGGAGGGUCACGCGUAAAUCUCUCUUCACUGUAAAAGUUGACCCACUGACCCGAUUAGACAUACCCUUGGACAACCACAUUGACACCUUGACCCCUGAUGCAAAUACGUAUGUGGGCGUGACCACCUCCUUCAGUAAGGAAGGAGGCGGAGAUAAUACACAAGGAUCUGCACUUGGUACAAACAGUUCAUUUUACACGACUGACUUCCCUGCUCAUGUGGACACAAUGCACGAGGACACAGACAAGCUCUUCGAGGCUGAGUACACGUCCAUCAGCAAGGAGCCCCACUCUCCCAACAACGAGUCAAAACUGCCUCACAAUACAACCAAGAACAGAUUCGGAAAUGUCUUCCCUUAUGAUUUCAACCGUGUUAAGUUGAAGCCUGUGAAAGACAUCAGAGGAUCAGAUUACAUCAAUGCCAGCUAUGUCAAUGGCUAUAUGACCAACACCAAGUACAUUGCUGCUCAAGGUCCUCUGCCCAAUACGCUGGAAGAUUUCUGGAAGAUGAUUAUGGAGAACAAACUGCGAACAAUCGUCAUGCUCACCAAAUGUUUUGAGGAGAGGAAAAAGUGUGAGUGUUACUGGCCCCUGAAGGACGACCAACCUCUUGAGAUGGGCUGUGGUAUUGUAGUCUCUCUGACCAGUAUGGUGGCCUUCCCCGACUUCACUGUCAGGAGAAUGAAAGUCAAUCAACCCAUCCUCGGCUCGUUCGCUGUGUUUGAGGUGACCCUGUUCCACUACACCUCCUGGCCAGACCACGGUGUCCCCUCCAGUGGCAUGUCCCUCAUCUACUUCACCCGAGCUGUUCGUAAGACACACCCCCAGGAUGAUCCCUGCCCACUCCUCGUACACUGCAGUGCUGGUGUCGGACGAACAGGAACGUUCAUCGUCUUGGAUACGAUGUUGGAUCGUAUGGAGCAGGACGGGAUGAUACAUAUCUACGAUUGUGUUACUCAUAUUCGGAAACAGAGGGUGCUCCUCGUACAGACUCUGUCCCAGUACAUCUUCCUGCAUGAUGCCCUCAAGGAGCUCAUAGUGUGUGGGGAGACAGAGAUACCAGCACAUGUUCUCAUGACAACCGUCAACCAGCUCAAAGAACCAGCUGCUGCUGAUGAGGAGAGAGACAUGGCUCAGUCUUGGGUAGAGGAGGACACACCCACUGGCUUCCAGCGACAGUUCAAAAUUUUGAGUGAGUGUUCUGGGCUUGACGGGACAGAGGACUACUACAGCUCUCAGAAUGAGGAGAAUGAAGAUAAGAACAGAUACUCUCAGAUUCUGCCAAAUGAGAUGCAUCGAGUCCAGCUUCAGUUCUCACCUUCUGGUUCUAACUACAUCAAUGCCAGCUACAUUCAUGGCUACCAACAGAGGCGAGGGUACAUAGCCACUCAAGGUCCCCUGGAGCACACCACUGGAGACUUGUGGAGGAUGGUGGUGGAGAAUGAGUGCAGCUGUAUCGUCAUGCUCUGUACCCUCAGGGAGGAGGAGCAGGAGGUGUGCCAUCGCUACUGGCCAAAGUUCCAAGGAGAAGCAGGCACUUACGGUGACUUCACUGUCACUCAGCAGACAUUCGACGCUUAUGGUAACUACGUUGUCAGGAAACUAUCCGUUGCCAUGGCAGCCUCCAAUGAGCCCCCCUCUGUGGUUACACAAUUUCACUUCACCCGCUGGACCGAGAAGGACCCCCCACAGAGCCCUGCCGCUGUACUGGACAUUGUGCAGGAGGUGAAUGCUGUUCAGAUGGCCUCAGGCAAUAAGCCCAUUGUGGUCAUGUGCAACAAUGGGAUUGGUCGCACUGGAGUGUUCAUCACCCUGCAUGCUCAACUGGAGCGACUCAAGAUUGAGGGUGUGGUCGAUGUGUUCCAGUUCAUCAAGUUUGCUCGCAAACAGAGGGAGGGGCUCGUUAGCAGUCCUGAGAUGUAUGCUUUCUGUCACGAGGCACUGGCUGACUAUGUGGACAGUUUUGAAACUUAUGCCAACUUCAAAGAACUGGUUUAAAUAAUAACAGUAACUCGCACAAACGUUUGAUUUUAGAUUUUACUGCUGCUUUUUAUAGUUUUUAGAUUAUUGUACAGACUCAGAUUAUACCAAUAGCAAAACUGUGAAUGUGUUUACCAUUGACUUUUA